GUACAAUGCGCGACUUACAUACAUAAAAUUAGAGGAACAAAAGGAACAAAAGUAUGGUAAACAAUAGUAAUACGCCUAAAGUCUUAGCUUUAACUCUUCCCCUGGGCAAAGAGAUGGCGUUUGACACAAAAGUUAGGGAACCUAAAUAAACAAAUAAACAAACAAACGAGCAAUUGGGCCCCUCCGCCCUCUCUACUGACUAUACAACCCAUAACAAACACAAUGCUUAACUAGUGUGAUUAGAGAAUUUCAUAGUGAUUAAAUGUAAUUACCGUAGAUCCAAAUCCAUUAUAAAUAUUUACCGUAAUCCUGAUUAGUUUUAUAAAAAUUCAAUUUACUCUUGAUCUCUUCUUUUAUAUUUUAUAUAUUAUCUAACUAUCAUAUAAUCAAAAAUGGCUAGAACUAAACAAACAGCUAGAAAAUCUACUGGUGGUAAAGCCCCAAGAAAACAAUUAGCCUCUAAGGCUGCUAGAAAAUCUGCUCCAUCAACUGGUGGUGUUAAGAAACCUCACAGAUAUAAGCCAGGUACUGUUGCCUUAAGAGAAAUUAGAAGAUUUCAAAAAUCUACUGAAUUAUUAAUUAGAAAAUUACCAUUCCAAAGAUUAGUUAGAGAAAUUGCUCAAGAUUUUAAGACUGAUUUAAGAUUCCAAUCUUCUGCUAUUGGUGCUUUACAAGAAUCUGUUGAAGCUUAUUUAGUUUCCUUAUUUGAAGAUACUAACUUAUGUGCUAUUCACGCUAAGAGAGUUACCAUCCAAAAGAAGGAUAUCCAAUUAGCUAGAAGAUUAAGAGGUGAAAGAUCUUAAGUUAUUGGUAUUCUCUAACUUAAUGUCUAUCUUAUGUAUAUUAGUUUAUUACUUUUGAAUAAAUGAAUCAGUUGUAUAUUAGAAAUUAUUAUCAUUAUCAUUGUUAUUGUUUUGUAGUAAUAGUAGUAGUAGUAGCAGCGGUUUGGCUGUGAAAUAGUGAUGCGCUGUUAGGUGCACACUAGAAAAUCCAACAUUUUUAGUGGGGAA